AUGGAGAUGGGCCAGUUGGGCUGGCUAGACACUAGUGCCCCCAUCGGCCACACUAUGGGUGUCUCCGGUCAACCGAGAUCAUCAGAGUGUCAUUCUUCUGGCCAAGGUGGUUCACAUCAAGCGACGAUCGAGAGGCACGGCGGCAUGGAAGCAUGGCAGAGGGGAGCCAGUCGUCAAGGAGUAUCGGUCUUUGUCCCAUGCCAACCGAACCCACCCCUGAGAUCUCCAGUUCAAACGAGCUGCGCCCAGCGAUCAGCCAUGCCGGAGCAAGAUCAACUUGCGACGCGCAUGUUUCCUGGACCUGUCCGGACACUUGUUGUGAACGGCCGGGAAGUUGUCGUACUGCUUCAUUGUCCAUUCGUCGCUUUCCCGGCUGGCGUUCGUUGCAAAAGCAGCAGCCCCCUGGGCCCCUUUCGAAGGGGCAGGCAGGUCUAUGGGAUACAUACCAAGCUGCCCAUGAUGAAGCAAGUUUCUGUCAACAGCAAGAUUUCAGUAGUCAUCCUCAUCCAACAAGGACAAUUCCUGACUGAGGAGAGUUUAGCCUUAUGGUCCCCCUUGCAGGCACCACGCUCACGGCAUUGGGUUCGCAAUGGCGUCGCACCAGGUGGGCAACGGCUCGUCGAUGGCCGCCCAGACGGACAAGCGCUGCCCAUCCGCCCCUGGGCCUCCGUGUGCGUUCCAUGGGUUACGCGUGCUCCUCGCCGGGCCACAGCCAAUAGCCGGCGGUGCCCCGGCCGGAGGUAUUGCUCUCUUGGAGUCCCGUCACCGGCGUCUCGACUGCCGGAAGCCCUAACCAUCAUCUCCUUCGUCUAUCCUUGCAGCCCCCAUCCUUGGACGACGACCUCUCCCACGGAUUGCACAGGUAUUAGCUGUUAA